UUCGAUCUCAACACGUCAUUGGUUGACCCCGGAUCAGAGACAGGAGGAUGAUGUCAGGGCGCCCAAAGCCGCUUGUUUGAUGGCUGAAGUCAUGACAGCAGGCCGUUGCUAUUCAGACCAUCCAGGUCUGAAUGACGCUGUUGGGUGCUGGCUUCUCAUGCCAAACAUCAGGUAUUUAUACGUUUUGGCGGCGGACUUUCCACGUUUCAGACACACGCUCCCUAUUACUUUCAGAAACCUGUCGCCUUCACCCAUCGCCACUGCGCGCGAAGAAGCAGUGCAAUGGCAUCCGUUGUACUCCCUGGUGCUUACCCUGACUCGGUUCCCGCAACACCAGAAGAGACCAUGCAGCAUCAACUCCAAACCGAGCAACACCCCCGCCAUUCCAGCAAGCUGUACAAGCCCGGCGAUCCCCGGAGUCACAAGUACAGUGAUUCCGGCGUUGGCAUGGCCGAACAGGAUUCCCUCACGUCUUCCCGCCCGAAUCGGAAUCAGCCAGACCAAGCAGAGGGUGGCGGUCUUUACAGGCGGGAUAACCACGAACCCAUUGUCCCAUUGGAGUCGAUCCAAACCGAGCCGGAUCAAUACACGCCAGCACCAGAGCCUGAGGGCAGCACCCAACCUCACAGCAACAGCAACGACGGGCACGUGGCCGCUGGGGCUACGGCUACAAACGCCGAUUCUGACAGUUCAAGCAACUCCGAGAGGACCAAUAAAUCGAGCUCGCGGGGCCAAAAUGGAUCGGCACCGUACUGGGGUGACCUCCCCAAGGGCACAGACGGAGGCGUCUAUAAUACAGUGAUAGGUCAUGGCAGCCCCGCUGAUGAUCAUGACGAGCACCACAAACUGCCGGCCAAUUCAGCAGCCAGGCGAUCCGUCAUCGCAGGUCGUGUCGCUGACUAUCCCAGGGGUAGCGGCGUCUACAACCGUGUUGUCGGACAUGGCAGUCAGGACGAGGAGUCCAGGCGCCACAGCCGACGCCACAGCGGUGAUGACAACCGUAAUCUAACCGAUGUUGGUGCCAGUGGCGGUGACAGCAUGUUCUCUGCUCCUUUGCCAGAUAUCCCCGAGGAAAGGCAGAAGACCGCCCAACAGGGUACCUUUGCUGACACACAACAUACCCGGGCCGUUUCUGGCUUUGUCCCUGAAACAGCAGUCGGGGAUGAUGUGCGGCUCUUGGAGGUCGCCUCAAAAGAAUCUGGUUCGAUUCACGCCCCGCGGGAGUCCCAAACGACACAACAUCAACGUACUUUCCCACUCACAGCGACAUCCACCGAGGAUCGCCAUCAACCGGGGGAAUCAACCUCGCCGUCCAGGUACGGGGCUAUUGCAGGCGUUUCUGGUAUUGUUGCUGGCACCUCUGCACACGAGUACUCCGCAGGUCACGGCAAGCGGCCUGGAUCCCCUCGUGCAGAGGGCCGUCGUCGAGCGGAAGGCGUAGCCACUGCUGGCCCAACGCACGCGUCUCCGUUGACAGGGAUGAGGAAUGACGAGUCCCGAGAGGAAUCCCCCAAGGGUGAAAAGAAACACAAGAUCCUCGGCCUCUUCCACCGCCACAAAGAUGACGGCAACCAAGUGGGCGAGAGACCUCGCAGAAAGUCCGUUGGCGACCAUGUCGACCCGGCAAGGAACAAUGCUGCUCGCCUGUCCUCUCCCAACCGCCUGCGCAAGCUGACCAAGAAUGAUGCCGCCACGGAGCGCAGGCGGUCGAGGUCAUCGUCCAGAGCGGACAAGCAUGACCAGUCCAGCCAUGGCAAGGAGAACAUGACCGCUGGUGCAGCCGGUGCUGCCGUUGUCUUAAACCGCCUCCAUCACAAGAACAACAGCAUCAAUGAGAGACAUCAGGAGCCGGGAAGUCCAGUCCGCGGACAAUUCUCAACCGGUGCCGGCGAGGCUCAGCAUGAGUUUGUGGAGAUCUCGACGCCAUUCGAGCAUCCACGGGAACCGCCUAUGCCCCCCCACGCUGACACUACCUCGCACGACAUUGGUGCGGCAGGGCAAGCCGGUCAAUAUAAUGUCCUGGCCAGCGGUACGCCCUCUGGCGUCAAGCAUACUGGAGAGGAGAAGGUGUCCACUGGCGCCGCAGCUUCGCGCUCGACCGGGAAACAUAUGGUAGCUCGGGAAGCUGGUGCUUCCAAUACUCCCAAGUCGUGUGGAGUAACCCCAGCGGACGGUAAAGCUCGACGAGGCAGCACCGGUAUCAUCACUCAGGAACCAGGAAACUACAACACUUUAUCGUCCGGCACACCUUCAGGCAUCAAGCAUUAUUCUGUCCCGUCGACAACAACCUCAAGAACAAUCUCAGAGUCUCGGCGUCGCAGCUUCUCCCCCAACGCGUCGACCAACCCCAACGACGACAGCACAGAGUAUAACGUCCUCCCGUCCGGCACCCCCUCCGGCGUAAAGAUCAAGCCCAGAUCUUGUAGCCGGAGCUCCCAGCCCGCCGACCUCGCCACACACGCCAACAAUUACCAGUUCGGUCACGGGCAGCAGUACAACACCCUGGCCUCUGGCACCGCCUCCGGGGUUAGGAACCGGGACAGCGAAAUUCCGACCUAUGACCACCACGUAGAGCCCGAGAUGGCGCAUCACAUGAGCCCCGAGGUGAUGCCUGACGCUUACACGGCGUCUGUUCGCCGAUCGUCUUCUCAGGCAUAUAAUCAGAGUCAGAGUAGAGGCCAAAGUCGCGGCCGGGAGAGCCGAAAUGUGAAAGAUUGGACAGAGCAAGACGAGUAUCACCAGUACCCUACCAGCCAGCAGGCGGCAAAGGGAAUGAGUCCUGAGGUAAUGCCCGGGACGUACACUGCAUCUGUCCCUCGGUCGUCCUCUCAGGCAUAUGGUCAAAGUCAGAGCAGGGGUCAGAGUCGCGGCCGGGAGAGUGGAAAUGUGGAAGGCUGGACCGAGCAAAACGAGUACCACCAGUACCUUAACAGCCAGCAAUCGGCAAAAGGGAUGAGUCCUGAGGUAAUGCCGGCGGCUUAUACCUCGUCGGUUCAUGCUCCGUCUCAGGCGGGUCGGCGAGAGGAAGGGGCAGCAGGUCAGGGUGCGGGGAGGGUGGUGCACAAAUGUCAGCACUGUGGCGGUGAGAAUGAUAUUAGUGAGUACAUUGAGCGGGCUGUGCGGGAGCGAUUCUAG